UAAAAUUGGGCCCAAACCAAUGUGAUAUUCGGAUUCAGCACACUCGAUUACCUAUUGUCUACUAAGCUUCAGACCAAAAGCGUUUAAACAGUUGGGGUACUUCCCUCGUAAGUGGGCGAAAAAUUGCUUGGAAAUUCCAGCCUGAUAUGCACUAGGUGAAAAGCAAAAUAAUGAGUGCAAAAGUUUUAUUUAGAUCUUCAUCAACCUGACUUCAAGACCGUAAUGUACUCUUAAAUAAAAGCUUGCAAAUCUUCUGGUGGUUUGAGGGAUUCGCGAGGCACCCAUCUGUACCGACAACCGGUAUACGUUUUUUUCAUGUGUUGUACUGAUAAACACUCUACUUAAUUUUUCUUUAUUUCAGAAACAAUUGAUGAAACAAUUAGCACCAUAUUUGAUCAUCGUGGUCUAUCAUUUGCAAAUUUAUCUACUUGUUGUGGUGCUGCUACGUGUUUUAAUCGAACAUUGGUUUUUAAUAAAAAUAUUGUCUUGUUACCAUUAGUUAAUGAUAAUGAAAACCUAAACGAAAAUGUUAUCAUGUUCUGUUCCAUGUUACUGAAAAUGUUACAUGAAUUUUUCCACAUUUUACGACGAUCAAUUUUUAGAUCAUCAUGGAAUUUAUUUUACAAACGUACACCACCUAGAAAAACUGUCUCACGCGGCAAUAUCAAAAUAGCUGAAGGUAGUUGGCAGUUAGAAGAUGGUUUAUUCGGGUUUAUUUAUGAAUCAAUUGGGUUAGAAGACGCUGAGUUUUUACUUGAUAUUCGUAAUUGGAAAAGCUUAUCACAUGAUCAAUUUAGAAAACGCUUGUUAGAGAUAAAACUAUUUAGUACAGAAGAAAACAAAUCGGUUAAUCGAUGGACCUUACCUAGCAGAGGUAGUAAUUUAUCAGACAAUGUGGACGAAAGUAUUGAUGACACAGCACAUACAUAUGAAGCACGGAUGGAAUUGAAACAAUGUGCUCUCGUGGAUCUUAGAUGCGAUAAUAUGUGUUAA